AUGUCGAUCAUCGAUAUGAAAAAAAUUGCAGACAGGUUCGAAAGUUUCGCGGGAUUCGAAUUGUUAUAUUCGCACAACGUUUCCAUCGAGGAGUUGGCACGAUUUUACCACACAGGACCAAACGACACGGUGAAACGUCACUGCUGUAACAUCUCUUUGAACGGAUGGACCGUGCAAGAUGUUCCGACGUUCGAACAUUUGAAAUGGUCGCCUCGAUGCCAGUACGUCAUUGAAGCUUCGAAGAUACGACAACCGCUACCGAUGAAGGAGGAGCAAAAGCGUCGCGACGAGAGUGGCGAAAUUUUCUCCGCGAAGAUUCAAGAGACGAAUGUUGGACGAGAUGUUUGCGGAUGGAGACGCGAGAAUAAACGAUUCGAAGGAAAAUACGAGCCAAUUUCUGCACGAAGAAAAUAUGGAUAUUGGUCCGACAGAAUGCGCACAUUCGUGUGUUACGGGAUCGGCGAAACCGCGGGUUUGGAACGAUCCGCGUAUUUUACUCCCACGAUGGCGGUUCGAUUAGUCGAGCAAGGAUUUGCGAGAAUCGAACGCAACGUAGUGUGUUUCGAAUGCGGAAUUUCAUUCGAAUUGAACGACUAUAAUAUAAGCGACAUAUUGAACAAACACGCCGCUUCAUCUUGCAGAUUGUUCAAUAAAGCGACCGAAACUAUGGUUUAG